AUGCGCUCUCCGCCUGCCUCAAUGGAAGCAGGCUUUAGUGGGCGCUCGAGACGGCGCGGCGUUCGGAUGUCUCACGCGAGCCUCCCACAGACUCCCGUUCUGACGUGCCGGGCUUGCCGGCUUUCGGCCGUCGUCACCGGGCCGCUUCCCGCUCUCGAACGGAGUGCACUCUUCGACAUCGGCUUCAUCCCCGUGGUUUUUUGAGUGACGGUGCAAAAAGCGGUUGACGCGACCGUCCGUGGCGGUUGUGUUCAGCGUCCCCUUCGGGAAGCCCGGAUUAACCUCUACAGAAAAUCUACCGUCACACGCAUCGGUGCGGAGCUGGCUGUGACCUCGACCCGGACCCGUAUGCGUGACCUGCCGGCCCCGCAUCCGGGCCACGGCCCCACCGUGGCUCCUCUGGGCGCCUCGACCUCGAGGGGAGCUCGGAGCCCUGCCGGGGCCCGUCUCCGUCUCUCGUGGUCCUAGAGUUUCCUGCACUCCUGAGAUCAGUUUCCAGGGAGAGACGGUGUCCUCAACGAGAAGGCUGCGCUGCAAGCCGGCCGUCGUGAUGUCCGCAACCGUCCCGGAGAGGACAGGCCACACGUGACGUUUUUGAGGAUGACUCCCCAGUGGUGGUUCUUCCUCUGCUGCCUGCUGCAGGCAACUGAGGUCCCAUCGUCGUCUGCUCUUGAGUCGACUUCGAGCUCCGGGUCGUCUCCAUCCUCUUCUUCCUCCGCUCCGUCCAGCUCAGGACAUUGCCCCAACGCCUGCUCGUGCAAGUGGAAGAAUGGCAAGCACACUGCCGAGUGCAUGAGCCAGGGACUGUUCUCUGUGCCGGCGGGGCUCCCACCAGGACUGCAGGUCAUACACCUGGAGAGAAACAACUUCCACUCGCUUCCCGGACGGACGUUCCAGGAGCGCGGUCUGGUGAACCUCCAGCGCGUGUUUCUCGCGCAGUGUCGACUCGGGCGCGUCGCCAGCGACGCGUUCCAGCAGCUCACCAACCUCGUAGAACUCGACCUGAGUUGGAACCUGCUCACGGCGGUGCCGAGUUCGGCCCUCGUGAGCGUGCCGCACUUGCGUCGUCUCCAGCUCAGCGGGAACCCUAUCGCCCAGCUGGAGAACGGCAGCUUCACCGGUCUGAGCCAUCUGAACUACCUCCACCUUUCCCGGUGCCAGCUGAGGUCCGUGGACCUGGGAGCCCUGGAUGGCCUUCCGGCCCUCGAGUUCCUCCUUCUCGAUGGAAACCGGCUCGCCACGCUUCCCGCACAGGCGGUCUCCGUGUUGCCAAGGCUGUCUACCCUCUACCUUCAUGGGAACCAGUGGCAGUGCGACUGUCGCCUCAGCAGUCUUCGGCGGUGGAUGAACGCUCGGAACAUUCCGCUCAGCGUGCCACCAAAGUGUGCCGGGCCGCCGAGGCUCGAGUCAGCGUCCUGGGAUGCGUUGUCAUUGGACCAGUUCGCGUGUCCGCCGCAGGUGCACGCGGACUCGCUGGUUAGUGUCCAAGAGGGCAGGAAUGCCACGCUCGUCUGCAGGGUCAGGGCAGAUCCGCCGGCAAACAUCAGGUGGGAAGCGGCGGACUGGGGCUACGGCGCCAUGAACAGCACUGGCGGUGACAGCGGUCCAGAACUCGACACCACUCGCUUCCAGAUUCAACGCGAACAAAGCGGCCCUUUCCAACUUAGCUGGCUGUCGGUGUUCAGGGUCGGACCCGAAGACAACGGUGUCUACGUCUGCAUCGCCGAGAACCGUGCGGGGCUCCGGGUGGCCAACACGACCCUGACGGUGGUCCAGGCACUUCCGAUGACCCAGGGACUCUCGCGAACCCACAAGGUCGCCAUCAUCCUGGCGAGUUUCCUGAUCCUGGUCGUCCUGGCCAUGGUACUCUGCUUCUUUGUGGCCAGACAACGAGCACUGGUGGCGUCCCGCUCAAAGUUCCCCGGUAUGAUCAAGCAACUUGCGCGUAAAGCAGACCUGGUCGAAGUGACGACGCCAUGCGGCACCAAAGCGGCUCAGCUAGCCGCUCUGCAGCGGUCGCCUCAGGACGAGCAGGGUCCUGGUUCGGAGCAGACUGCUCCCGAUCUGGUCAGCGGGAAGGGCGCGGGGGAUCAACUCUACGUCAGACCUGACGUCUACGGUCCGAUGGGCAACGGGUACGCUAACCCUGCCGAUCCAUGCUACGGCCAGUACGGACUUUGUGAGCCUGGUGCCGCGUUCCCUCCAGAAGCGGCUGGCCCUUGGAGACCUACCGAACCAGUGUGUUGGAAGAGGGCACCGCCAGUAGCGCCCCCCUGCCUACCGGCGGGGACGGAAGCCCGCUACUCUCCGGACGAAGGUUACGCUGAAGGAAAUUACGAAGGGACCGAAGUCUGAACAACCGUUGUUUCCUUUCUUUUGUGGUUUUGGAGGCCAGUCAGGAACAACCGUGAACAGUGACCAAUUCGAUGCUUCUAAAAGGGGCUUGAGAAACGGCUGUUAUAUUCCUAAAAAUAAUCUUGAGAGCAGUCCAGGCUCGUCUAGCGAAGAGCCUGUCAUGGUGUCAGCUGGCAGUGUUCCGGACAUUUCAAAUGAGUCUUGAGGAGGACCUUCGAGGUCCUGUCUAAGUUUCCUUGGCGUGGUGAGUUGUAGGUGUAUCAGAGUGUAUCACGACGUCCCUUAAGAAAAAUGGUCGUCGCAGUUUCGACAACGACUGUCUAUUUUGUACCCGGCUGGAACGUGUGACUGCAGCGUUCUUAAAGGAGUAGAUGGGGCGCGAGAGACUGUGUUUGAGUGCACGGCUUGCAAGCAUAGUUCGACGUUCGACGACGGCUGAGAUGGGCUUACGCCGAACUCCCGAGGCUAUGUGUCGUGUUUGGAAUGACCUGUGGUGCGUGGUGAUAGCUCUGUCUGUGAAACAGACACCGGUGAAAGUGAGAACCCGCGAGAAAAAGAAAGUGAGUAGAUCCUGACCCAGUGCGGCGUGAUAAAAGACCUCACAAGAUAUUUGACUGUCCCCGCCUCUGAUGUGCAGAUACUUGCUGCCCUUAUAUAUACACCCAUGUACAUAUUUAUUACCAAAUGUGUGUCGUGGCAGCGAGAAUCCUGCAGCCACGCAGUCGACGCCAAUAAAGAUGUUGUACCAGAUC